AUUGUGCAAAAGGUCAAAUUUCACGACAGUGAGAUUUCCGGGCUUUUUGACUACAAGGUAAGAUAGUCGCGGACAAUUCGCGGAUGCGGAAGAGAAUGAAACUGAACUUGACGCUGGCUUGUACAGUGAGAAGGCAUCAGACCAGGCAAAAAGCCUUCGUGAAACAACAUGUAUUUGCCUUUAGCAGCCCUUGUAACGCUUAUUGCUACCUUCGCCUACCGAAGUGGCAGAAUCAUUAAACAUAACAUACUUAGCAUUCCCGAUCUCCCAGAAGGUUACUACCAAGGUGGGGACUGGAAAGAGAAAUGUAACAUUGUUGCCGACGAAGGAUCUCAUACGCUUAAAUAUUGCGAGGACAUGACGUUCUGGGACCACUUUGACGCCCAGGGCGCGCUCGAAGAGCGCCUCAUCCUCAUGGGAUGUGACCCUAACAGAAAAGCAUGGAACACCGUGAUGGGUCCCCUCCGUGACCCCGAGCCACGAGGCUAUCUCUGGCUUUACUCUGCCACGAGCCAUGGCUCCCCGCAGCCCGUCUCUCUAGACAAUUAUCCCGAGGCACACGACUUCCAUCCUCUGGGUCUCGAGAUUUACCCGUCGCACGCGGGUGAUUCGUCCAACCUCUUCAUCAUCAACCAUGCGCGUGCAGGGACCACUAUCGAGCAGUUCACUCUCAACCCCGCCAGCCCUACUCACGCGGUAUGGGUCCGCACGCUUACUUCGCCAUACUUUGUUUCUCCUAACGCGCUGGCGUUGACGUCCCCCACGUCUUUCUAUGUGAGCAACGAUCACCUCAUGACGCGUCGCUUGCCCAGCCCUUUCGGUCACGUCCUUCCUCUUAUCGAAUCCGUCGGAGGCUUACCCCUCUCCUGGCUCAGCCACAUCUCUGUUGAAGAAUCUACCGAGAACGACGGAGAGAUAACUUUGAACCAUACUUUCGCCGCAUUUGGCGUCUCGUUUGCCAAUGGUGUUGCCAUAUCUCCUUCUGGAACCGAACUGGCUCUGUCUGGAACUUCUAUGGGCGAAGUCUAUUUCUACAAGCGAGACCCAUCAACGAACAAGCUCACUUACGCUCACACCGUGCCUGUACCAUUCUUCAACGACAACGUCAUGUAUGAUGAUUCUGGCGCCUUGAUCGUCACUGGACACCCUCACUUCCCCUCGCUUAUAGCCGUAGCGGCCAACAAAACAGGUGCAGUUUCAUCCAGUUGGUCCGUAUCAAUAUCCCCUCUCCACAUGGAGGUUGCAUCCCCUUCCUUCGCUCUAAGAGAGUAUGACAUGAGGGCGCCUCUGUCGGCGAGUAAGCUGUCCCCAGCAACGAUGAACUACGAGGUGGAAACGCUAUUUCAAAGUAAUGGCACUGCUUUCCAGACAAGCUGCACGACCUUGCGGGAUGCUGAGACAGGUAUACUGUACAUGAUCGGGUUAUACGAGGAGGGAUUAAUGGUCUGUACGCCGUGAUAUGAUGUUCCAAGAAUGAAUGUAUUGUACAAUAUGAAUGUUUGAAAUGAAAGUGGGAAGUCUCAAUUUCUAGCUCUGGAAUUUUUUUACAGCAUUGAUAUUGUGCAGCGAAGAAAACUUACCCCUACAUGAUACGAUGUACCACCAACAAUUAGGAAGAAAAAGAAACCAAAGAAAACCAGUUUAGAACGUUUCGAGGAGUGACAGGUAUCGGAAUGAGGAGCUCUUGUCUCGGAAGCUCAUAGGUAAGAAGAGAUGUGUCGCCAGAGAGCAAGGGUUGUACAAGUAUAAUAUAUAAAAGACACUAUCAACAACAAAAAGAAAAAAGGGGAGACAUCAAGUGUAUGAUAGUUAUGGUUUGAGAGAAGGAUAAUAUUCGUUUUCACUAGAAGAAGUUGGGUAAGAAUGAC